AAAUGCAAAAUCAAUCGUGAACAGAAUAGAAAAUGAGAUUGAAUUCCCGGUGAUUCAAUACAUUUAUCUACAAAGCUCCACGUUUGGCAGUGCCUGCCGUGCACUAAUCUGUAAUAUUAAUGUAGCCUUCGAUGUUUUAUUGGAUAAUUAGGUUUCGUGGGGGAAGGGAAUUUAAUUGCAGUUUCGUUCAGUUGACGUAGAAAUGUAACGAAACGCUUAUUUCAUUUUAAUUAAGCUUAUAUGUAGGCUAUGUUUUACGCAAACGCCUUGCUACAUCAAGAUACUCAAUCUGCACUGCACGGUGACAUUUUAAAUCCUCGCUGGUUUCGCGUCUGCUGAGCUCCGAUUUGUCGUCACAAUUCUUGAAACAGAUCUGGCAUCCAUGUGUACAACAACAAGCACUGGCCAACAAACUGCAUUGGAAGCAAAACUAAAUAGCGGUGCGCGAAGACAAUGUGAUUUAUUUCUGUCAAAUAUGAAAGUAUUAUUGUGAAAUGGAUUAUGCAUCGUUUUGCCUCACACGGAUAAGUCGUGCCAGAAAUGGAUCCAAAUGCGUUUUUCCUUCCAUCGGAAAUUGCCCGACUUUUUGUCGGUUAUUUCAAAGACCAUGGAUUGGUUAACACAUUGGCUGCGUUCCUUAAAGAAAGUCCCCACCUGACGGACUAUUGGCAGUUGCUGAAAAAUGGUUGUGUUCCUCCUAGACAUGUCAUGGGCUAUUCUCUGGACCAGAUCCUCAAGGAAUAUGCUGUUUUAAAAGCUCAGGCUGCACGUUCCAACACUCUUAGUGGGCUACAGCCGAGGACCCCGGUGCAACUGACACAUACUCCGAAUACAUCCGGCGUCUCUGGAAGUGUGUCGGUAGCUGGACAAAGCAAACAAGGUCAAAGAAAGCAGAGAACUAGAACAAGUUCAGGAAAAAGAAAAAAAAAACAAGGGGACAAUGUACCAGGACCGACCUGUGCAACGCCAGUGGCUGUUCCUACAUCCUCACCGUCGUGUGUGUACAGUGAAGGAACUCCGGUCGUCAGUGUCUGUACUCAGGGGGGUGCACAGGACAAAGCACAGAAUAAUGCAAUAUCUUUACGUCCAGCAACUGAAAAGUUUGCGUGUCCAGGGUCAUCAAAGUGGGGUACUUCAACUUACAACCCUGAGUUUGAUCUCUUGGAGAAUGUGUUACGACAAAGUGACAUUCCCAGCAAGCUUGCAGACUCCAUCAACAAGGCUCUUCAUGUCGUCCGAGAAACAGAACAGGGGACUAGUGGCAACCAAGCUGCUGCACAGAAUGGCAAAGAGGGUGAAGCAGAAAUUAACAUCGACUCCAUUGUGGAAAUGACAGAGUCCGAUCCAGCUUUCCAGAAUUUUCUCAGAGUCUUUCAGCAUGAUGGCGCUAUCCCGGUAUCGGGGUUCAGUGUCACAGAGUUACCUCCACUGGACAACACUGCCCACAUCCCAGAUGACAUACAAGGUUCUCUCCAAGAAGUCACAGGGAGCAGUUAUCAAGCAAAUGUACCGGCGGCGUCAGAUCAGCCAGCAGCGACAGCGCUCGAGGGUCAGGGGAGCUCUCUAUACUCAGCCAAUCACGAACAACCGAGCACAGGGGAACAACUGAAUGCAGGAUCUCAGCCGUUGCUGCACACUGGUGACCAAGAAGGAAGUCAUCAUGCGGUCACUCAAACAACGGUCACUCCGCUACAUCCACGGGCAAUGGUCACUUCGCUACAGCCACCCUCAACAAUUUCUUCGCUAGAUCCACAUACAAUGGUCACUCCCCUUCAUCCACACACAAUGGUCACUUCACUACAACCACCGACAACUGACACUUUGCCACAGCCACUACAACCUCCCACUGUGGAGGGGCACCAUUUGACUACCUCGCCAGUUGGUCAGCCUUGUGAAGGGUCAACAUACCCUGACCUCAGCAGGUCUCGAGACUUUCACGGACUGCAAGAUUCGGGAGAGAAUUCUUAUUCUGUACAGGGAGUAGUUAGUAAUCAGCAUGAACCCGUACCACUUCCUUCUGGAACUCAAGCUCAAGGUUGUUCAGAUAUAAUCACUGAAGAUGCUAAUCAUCAAGUCAUAAAUAAUGAAAGUGGGGGCUUUCAGCUUGUGCCUAGCAGUCAGGGUGAAAAUGGUUCACACGAUUCUGUGACUCACCCUGUGGAAAGUGAAAAUAGUGUACAAAGUUUGUUAAAAACAGCGAAAGAUGCAAGUGAAGAACCAGAGACGGUUGAAAAUCCAGCUUCAGUUAAUAUAUCACAUGAAAAUCCUACAUCGAAGAACCGUCAUAUAUCUGGAGAUCAUUCCGCCAAAACAGAGUCUUUCAACAAGCCUAAAAGUGCAAGAAAAUUGCCCAGUCCAAAAAGAUAUGGGUCUGGUCACUCACGUUUUGGCAUGGAUGAUAAUUCUCUCUCUGUUUUUUCUUUAAUCGAAAAGAAAGUCGCAGACAUGACGGGUGAGACAUUUGUGCACAGAUCACAGAGAGCAUCUCAACACAGUGUCGGGGGAGAGGGGCUGGUAGAGGGGGCAUCGACGGUACCAGUCUCAAAGGUUCAUUCCGAGGUGAGACCUGUUCCUGAAACCGACAGAGAGGAAAACAGCUUCAGUGGAGUCUUUGCUUCCUCUUUGGAGACUUCGGAUUCUGUGGCUGUUAAUCCUAAAUGUUCGACUACUUUUAAAACAGUAUGUUAUACAGAUGCUGAUGAAAAAUCAGUCAGAAGUUCAGGGGCCCCUUCGCAAUCUCAUCAGGAUGUAAGGUCUCCUGUUGAUAAAACAUCAGAGGAUGCAAGCGAUAGAAUACCAAGUCCUGAUCACAUGGAUGAAGUUCCGUCUUCCCCAGACUUUGUUGACGAACCAAAUCGUGACUCAGAUUCUUUGUCUUCUUCGUCUCAUAAUGAUAAUGAUGUCAGAAAGCAGCAGGAGGGUGCCAUAUCAUCUCAGGAAAGAAGAAGCAAUCUUGAUAACAGAGAGUUAUCAGGCAAAGAAAGUGCCAAAUCUAGUUCUAGUGUCGACAGAGUGGGUCAGUCUUGUGAACCAAGGAGACUUCCUUUGUUUCCUUCCUCUUUUGAGCGAGGCAGUGGAAAAGGAAAAAUGUCAAACUUUGGCAAAAGUUUAGAAAAUCUGAAAAGUGAUAGUAAACUAAAUUGUACCUCCAAAACUGUAAAGUGUGUUGAGAAUUCGGGGCACUAUGGAUGCAGUGUGACCUUGAGCUCCCCUCCAGGCGCAAGAGACGGAACGUCUCCGAAGCAGAUCACAACGGCUCAGUUAAUGUCCACCAGCCUUCCUGCAGACUGGGCUAAACCUUUGGACGACGAUGUUUUUAAAUCUCCUCGGUCAGCGUUCAGAGCUCUGAUUGAUCAGUCAGAAAAACCAGACAGUUUUCUGUGGACUAGCGCUAGCACGGUCCGUUUGGACACAGGCAGGGCUAAGAGCGUCUUUUCUGUCAACCGAGGUCACACGCCAUUCAUUCCAGAGCAUUGCAAGAAGGUGCCAUCUCGUAGGAUUGCUCCGAUAGAAGUUUCCUACUCCACGCCAUCUCCUCUGCAAGAACUGCCGGCCAGCCCAAUGAACUUUGUCAUAGACGGGCCUCCGUCAGAGCCGCCUUCCCCUCUGGAGAGGGUUGGAGAGGUGGUUGAACCGGGCAGCAGUAAAACCAGCAAAUCGUUUCAGCGCCAUGUGUCGGAGUCCUCGUCUGCUCUAGAAAAACUUGGUAUCCGGAUGCCCCUCAGUCCAUCCAGGCGCAAGCCACGGAGAUUGGUGCCGACCCAGCUGAGAACUGUGAAAGGAUUUGGAUCUUCAUUCCUUCGAAAGAUGUCAACAGACUUUCAUUUCGAUGAUGCGAAGACCGUCAGCAGCUCCUCAGAUAUGACAACAGCGUCUCAAUCUGAGGAGGAAGCGUUCCGGCAGCUCAAAUCUUUCCUGUCAACGUCGUACAGCAAGCCCCAGCCGCAGCAGGAAAUAACGUCCACCAGUCCCAGCCGGAAGCCCUCCAAGUGCAGGUGUUCUUCCAUCGACACUUGCAAACACCGAAAAGGGAAAUUACAAAGGGCACUGCUGGCCACUGUACUCGAAGGCAGAGACAAGACUCCGGCCAGCCGAGAAGUCACCGAAAGGAUAACACCAACAACUGACAUUCCUGUUCAUUUUGUGUCUGAAAAAGUAUUGACUGAUCGUGUGUCUUAUGGUUUGGCUGAAAAGCCCCCCUCUAAUAAUACCUCACAAGCUGAUGGAGAGAAAGAAAGUGAACACAAUGACUGCCCAAGGAUAACAUCUGCUGAUGGGAUAAGAACACCACAGCAAGAAGAUCCCAGUCUUAAUUGUCCAGAAACUUCAUCAGCAGAAAAGAUAUUGACUGAUAAUUUAUCUUGCUGUGUGACUGAAAGGCCUCCAUCUAAUGCCUCACAAGCUGGUGAAGAAAAAGAAAGUGAACGAAAUGAAGGUGCAGGUAGAACAUCUACAGAUGAGGUGAGACAACAGCAGCAAGAAGAUCCCAAGGUAAAUUGUCUGGAAACUUCAUCGGCAGUUGAGGGCUCCGCUGUAUUGAACUACUUAAGAAAAGAGAGCCUCAUGUCUCUUUCUCAGUCAGACAGCAGUAGGAAUUCAUCUUUUGCAGCCGUUGGGGUAAUCGAGUUCUGUUCUGAUGCUGCUGCUAAGCGUGAUAGUUCGUUACGUGAAGAAAAUGGAACCAAGGCAGGGCAGGUUAGUGAGCUGCAUGCUGAGAACCUUCCGAAUUUUACUGAGGCUCCUGAAUCAGUCUAUGCCUCGGAAAAUUAUGUUACACCUUUACCUUCUGUGACUUGUGUUGCUGCAUCAUGCUCGUCUGUUGCACCACCUACGACCACAUACUCAACAGCAUCCGCAUCUGAAGCGCAGAUUUCGGCGUCUGGACCGUUUACGUCGUUGCUAAACCAGCCCGUGACUCCGGCAAAUGUCAGUUCCCUCAUGACGAAUGAGCAGAGUCUGUCGGGUUUCAUCUCGGGGGCUCUGAGAGUGGCUCAUAAUAUUCCACCCGAGCAGUUUCCCAUCCAGACUUCAUCUUUCCCAGAGCAAGGCCUCGCUGUGGAUAGCUCUAGGUACACCGACGGAGGAGCAAACCAUGAUUAUUCUUAUCCUUUACCAUUAACAGUUAGUUCUCAAACAUUACAGGAGUCUCAGGGUGAAGAGGUACACCUGGAGGACAUCAGUCACAGGAGUCCUGUUUUGUCACUGCCCGCUGGUCAAGACAAUGUCAAUGCCUCGGGGGAUUUCCACAUAGAGACGUCAAAAGAUAAUGGUGGACCUUCUUAUGAAAAAAAUUCCUGGGGACACGAAAUGUCUGUGGGCAUGCUUGAACAAAGCGGACAAUUUUCACCUCAUCCGAGAACAUCUGGUGUUUGUUCAGUGACAUCUGCUCCCCAAGCAGCCAAAUCUGUGAGGUCUAGCAGACGAUCCAAGAAGUCUCUGACAAACACAUCUGAGUCUCAAGCAAGGAAAUCUUGCUUCAUCGUACCAAAGCUGGUGGAGAAAAGCACAACAGAAACUGAAUUGGAGAAAAUACAACUUCAGCAGCUUAGCAACGCAAACAACUUCCCCAAAAUUUUACCCAAACCUCUCCCUGGUGUGGUGUGUAACACAGUGCUGAAGGAUAUACAUGUCGUCACAGGAGACAACCAGCAGUUAGUCAUUGUGUUACCCCCAGACUACCAGGAACUCCUCCAGGAUGUUGUCCCUGGGACAAACACAGCGUCGCCAGUUUCUGAACACACCAGUAGUCCAGGCGUCGCGCACUUGAGUAGUGCUCAGGAAGUGCAGGUUCAGUACCAGCAAGAGAAUCCUCAUGGACUGAGCUUGUGUGUCAAUCCAACGAGUGUAACCUCGUCUAUGCUUAGUCCAGCUAUUCCGGUAAACAGCUCUGAUGUCUCAAGAUUUGUUGAGACUCCUGCUGACGAAGUAGGCACUCCUCUUGUCACCACCAACAGUAAUCAUAAAAGUAAAGUGUUAACACAGUCUUCAACGGAAAAACCGAGCUGUGCAAAAAUGAAUGUUCCCUGGCCAGAUUUAGAAGAGGAUUUUGUGCCCCCAGUGAGUUCUGUUGGUUCAGACAAUCUGACAGAGGAAGAAAUGCUCAGCGCAAGAGAAACGACGAAAAGGUCACGUAAGAAAAGCAAUACGAAACAGAAGUCGGCAGAAAAGAUACGGUCUGUUUCAAAGGACCCAGGAGAGAAACCGGCAUCGAAAAGUUUGUCAGCUAGCCCUGGCAAGGGACAAGGACCUCUGAACAAAUCAGAUUCAACUGUUCAGAAAGCAAAGAAAGUGCUGAGUAUCGGGAAGAAAGCAGAAAUGGCGAAAAUCAGUCCAAAGAACAACCCUAAAGUAACUAGUGCAAGUGAUGUGUCGAAACAGGACAAGCAGGCUUCAAAGGGAGAGAAAACACUUGAUCAGGGUAAUAUUUCUGGUGGAUUAAGCCCAAUGGACUUGUCAGUGAAAAAGCCAGGCGAUUCAGAAAACAAAAUGUCGGGACGCAAAAAGGGCUCUGGCUCUAAAGGUAAGACAGGUUUAUCCAAACACCAAGGCAAGGAUGAGAAGAAAAACGAGAACAUCUCAAAAGACAAGCGCAAUGAGAAAGAUUCCAAAGAAACCAAUGUCAGUACAGAAAAGCUAGUCUCCAAAAAGAAAUCGAAGUCGGCAAUAACACCGUCAAAGCAGAAACUUCAGAGUUCAAAGAAAUAUUCGAAAUCUGUUAUAAAAUUCCAAUUUGAAUCUCCUGGAAAAAGGGAUCAGAAUCAGUCUGCUGAACAAAGAAGCUCCAAAAAAAGGAAAAUGGGGGACCGCGAAAGUGAAGAUCCAAGUCCGAUGAAACAACCUUGUAACUCAAAAAGACAGAAAGUUGAAUCUGACAGCUGUGACAGCCCUAAUGCUCCAGGACCAAGCUCCGUAAACUUCUCCAAUAUCCUCAAGAAAGGCAGCUCUAGUAAGAAAGGUGCAGCAUUGCAGCAAAUACAGGAAAAGUUGAACUCUUCUGAAAGCGACUUGAAAGGGAAGAGGUCUCUACUGAAGACUUUUGAAAAGGUGGCAGCAGACUGUGCUCUGAGCAGUGCUGAGGUUGAGGAAGAUUGUUUGGACUCUCAUAAUAAAGAUGAGUAUUCUGGUGAGGCAACCAAGGUGUCGCAGAAAAGCAAACUGAAAGACCGUACAAAAAAGCUUUCAAACGGUUCAAGUGGAAAACGGAACAAAGUGGGUGAACCUCCUCCGCCCUCGUUGAGCCCGUCCAGUGUUGUGAUGGACGAUGAUGAAGCAGAGUCUGCACCUAGAAAAUGUGUGCCUCCAAGACGAAUUACGAGCCAGUAUGUGACAGUAAAAGAGGACAAUUGUGGCGGGGAUGUUAUCCAGAUUGGUCCAGCCUUGCAAGAGUCGUUUUUCUACUGUACGGCUAUGAGGAGGAAAUCAGUUUCCUUGACCAGCCUUGCAGGAGAUCACAGAGCUCAGGGAAGUUCAUUAGAAAAUGAAACAACAUUUCAUACUCCUUCUCCACCCCUUCAAACAAACGCUGAAAGCAAUGUACAAAAAAAUCUACAAGGUUCUCAGAGGCGUCCUGGGAAGUUUACUCGUUUGAGUUUGAGCUCCUCUAAUAAAACAAAAAGACCUGAAGCUGACACUGGGAAGGCUGUUCAAAAGAAUGCUGGAGAAACUCCUCAUAUUCCCGGGAAUACAAAGCUUUUAGUUUCCAUGAAUAGAAAUGAAAGGUUUGAAUGCUCCGAGUCCACGUUUGUUAAAUCGAUCCCCAAGUCUGACCUUCAAAGUAUCAUAGCCAGUGUUGGUUUUCAGCUCUCCCAGGCUCAAGACAGACAUACCGAGGAGCCAGCUGGUUCUUCUGUGUCAGGGGGUAUGGUGAAUGAGAAACGGGAAGGCCGGAAAAGAAGGAAGCAAUUGGCCCCACAGCCUUUCAAAGGACACAACCGGAUAGAUCCAACGGAAAGGGGCGGCAAAAUUAAACUGAGACUUCCAAUCAGGCAAGGAGAUGAGCCAACAAGCGAGCCAAAGAAAGCAGCACAUGUGCCCGUAUGUGGGCCUGAUUCGAAUACAAAAAAUGUUCCUGAAGAUGCUCGUAAUACGGGUAAUGGAGUUGAUGGUGUUACUCAGGGGCAGGGGCAGGGCCAGUUACGUGACAAAAGCUCAAAUGUCCAGGAGCAAAUGGUUGAUGCUGUCUCUGAUACUUCGCCUCAAGUGGUCACAAACGUACCGGAUGUAGAAACAGCCGCGGCUGUUGCUGCUCUCCGGUUCAGCAUGGGAGAUGAGAGUGUCCAGGAACCACUCAGGAGUGAGAACCAGACUGAGACCCACUACAGAGAAGACCAACAGCAACAGAGAGAAGGGAUAAAACUCACACCAGGAGGCCAUAGAUCCAACAGCCCUGACAUCGUUCCAAGUUCUCAGGUGAUUUCAAACAUACAGACGUCUGUCAGAAAUUAUCCCAUGUCAACGUCUUCCCCAACCAAAAACUUACCGCCGAAAAAGAGGCUCUCUACAGAAGCUUUAUAUCCUGCCUCGUUACAUGAUGCUUAUUUGAGGUCACCAACGAAAUCAGAUCAGUUUGAUUUUAGAAAUGUGCGUUUUUCCCAGUCUUCGUCUGGAGCUGGAAACAACGCCAAUCAGUCAGAUGAGCUAAGGCCACCCUUUGAACAAAUUUCAGGUUCACAUUCUCAGUUAUCUAAUAGAGCCAAUUCAUUUGGCUUGAAGCUUUCUUCACAACUUGAAGAUACUGCCCUUGAUCUUUCUAAGCGUAGCACAGAGGCUUCUUUCAGUGAACUAAGGAAGUUAACAACAGUGACUCGGACAGAUACUCACGCCAUUCCUGAAAUCCAAUUGGAGCCAUCUUUUGUAAAUAAUGAAAGAACUGCCUCAACAGCAGAUGGGGUGAGUGCAAAUACUGGUGGAAACGAACCUCAGGGUUUCACCCCGUUGGUGCCAUCAUCUUCAUCUCUGUGUCAGGCCACAACGGGACAAUCUCGUCAAGAUGGUUUCGUCACAAAAGAAUCAUCUGACCACCCUCAAAGCAGAAAGCCCUCUCAAACUGAUGACGUGAUUCCUGACUCACUCCCGUCUCCCGGUGACCGUAACAAUCCCAACCGUCGCCACUCAUCAGUAGGUGGCUCCUCACCAAGAACUAAGUGGCAGUCAGUGACGUCAGACUCCAGUUACAGAAGUGAGGAAAACGGUUCUGAUCAAGCGAUCACAUCUGCUCGCCAAGAGUCCACGUCUGCUGAGGGCACCGGUGUUCAGGCGUCUCCAGCCUGGUCCAAUAAAUCCUCACCCG